AUAACUCCCCUUCGAGGGAGGCAGAGUCAUCUUCCGCAUUGUUUACGCCACCGGCAGGGAUGAAGGAUGGAAACCCGGCUGAUCCAGAUCAUGGGGCCGGACGACGCCAACAUUGCGGGCAACGUCCACGGCGGGACCGUCCUGAAGAUGAUCGAGGAGGCUGGAGCCAUCAUCAGCACCCGCCACUGCAACACCCGGCCCGGGGAGCGUUGCGUGGCGGCCUUGGCCCGGGUGGAGCGCACGGACUUCCUGUCCCCGAUGUGCAUUGGCGAGGUGGCCCACGUCAGCGCCGAGAUCAGCUACACCUCCAAGCACUCCGUGGAGGUCCAGGUCAACGUGGAGUCCGAGAACAUCCUCAACGGGGCCAAGCGACUGACCAAUAAGGCGACCUUGUGGUAUGUCCCGCUGUCCCUCAACAACGUCCACAAAGUCCUGGAAGUCCCUCCCAUCCAGUUUGUAGGGAAGGAGCAGGAGGAAGAGGGCCGGCGGCGCUACGAGGAGCAGAAGAUGGAGCGGAUGGAGACCAAAGAGCGGAACGGAGACAUCAUCCUGCCCGUCAUUAACCCAGACAGGCAAAGGAAAGAGCCCUACACGGUGGGCUACAGCCAGUCCAGCCUCAUCCACCUGGUUGGGCCCUCGGACUGCACGAUGCUUGGAUUCGUCCACGGAGGCUUUGGAAAAGGCGGGCAGCACACAAAACAAGUUCUUCUUCUCCUUCUUCGCUCCGAUGCCUCUGAAGCCUUAAUUGGAAGUGAAAAGCCGCUGCUGAGCUCAGCCCAGAUGCCAGGAAGCAUCGAGUCAGGCGGGCUCUGA